UGGCUCCCUCCUCGAUGACGAUGACGACCGCGACGCUGGAUCCGCCGCCGCCUCCCCUCCUCAUCGCCGGCUCCCUCCUCGACGACGAUCGCGACGCUGGAUCUGCCGCCUCCUCCUCUCCUCGCUGGCUCCCCCGGGCGCGCGGAUCCACCGUCGGCUCCCCUCCUCGCCGGGGAGGGGAGGAGAGGGGAGGGGAGGCGGCGACGAGGAGGAAAGGCAACAGCUCCUGUCCUGACGACGACGAUGACUGCCGCAACGACGAGGACGACUGCCGCAACGACGACGACUACCGCGACGAUGAUGUGGGGGCGACGACGGAUGGAGGAGGAGACGCGGCGGCUCUUCUCCCGAUGGCGAUGAUGACUGCCACGACGAUGGCGCCGAUGCCUGUCGAGGCAGCGGUGGACGGAGGAGGAGAGCUGUCAUCGGCCGGAGAGGGUGGCCAGCGGCGGGUGAAUCUACUGCCUACGAAGAUAUUGUCCGCCUACGAAAAUCAUCUAUUUUCGCAGGCCCUUGCUUGCAGGGAAGAUGAAUGGAUCAUCGAGAAGCUUGCGGUCAUCGCUGCUAGACGCUCAUCAUUUGUCUCUGAAGAAUCCUUGUGCUCUGUUCCGGCUGCGGCUUUGGUCUCUUUGGCCAUUGCCCAUUUGGCUUUCUCCCCCAUGUUGGUCUAUGGCGUUCUUGAUCGUUUAUGUUCCGUUUGCCAUCUGGGUGAGAUGGAGGGAGACAUAGCGAUGGAGGAGUGGAAGGAUUCCAACCAUCGAGGCGCGGAUUACCUGAUGACGAUGCCGAUGCAGAACUUCCUCGCCGACGCGUUCCCGCCACCGGAGCUCUUGGAGGGAGAAGGCGGGUUCGAGAAGCACGGCCUGUCGGUGGCCGUUGGCUCGCCGCCGCCGACGCCGCCGCCUCCGGAGGACGGGUGCUCGCCGCUGCCACUGACGCCGCAGUUCGGCCAGAAGUUCGGCUCCGGCGGCGGCGGCGGCGGCAGCCUCGCCGACAGGAGGGCGAGAGGCGGGUUCAGCAACGUCGCCAGGAUCAGCGUGCCGUACAACCAGCCGGCGGCGGACGUGUCGUCGGCGGGGGCGCCGUCGCCGUACGUGACGAUCCCGCCCGGCCUGAGCCCGACGACUCUGCUGGAAUCGCCGGUCUUCUCCAAUGCCAUGGGCCAGGCCUCGCCGACCACUGGGAAGCUGCACAUGCUUGGUGGUGCCAACGACAGCAAUCCAAUCAGAUUUGAAUCCCCUCGGAUCGAAGAAGGAUCUGGUGCAUUUUCUUUCAAGCCUCUGAAUCUCGCAUCCUCACACUACGCAGCUGAAGAAAAGACGAAAUCUCUACCCAACAACCAGCAUCAGUCGCUACCGAUUUCUGUCAAGACUGAAGCUACUAGCAUUCAAACCGCACAAGAUGAAGCAGCAGCCAACCAACUGAUGCAGCCGCAGUUCAACGGCGGCAAGCGGAGCCGCGCUGCACCUGACAACGGCGGCGACGGCGAGGGCCAGCCGGCGGAGGGCGACGCGAAGGCUGACUCCUCCUCCGGCGCGGCCGCGGUCGCCGUCGUCGCCGCCGCCGCGGCGGCGGUGGCGGAGGACGGGUACAGCUGGAGGAAGUACGGGCAGAAGCAGGUGAAGCACAGCGAGUACCCGAGGAGCUACUACAAGUGCACGCACGCCAGCUGCGCGGUGAAGAAGAAGGUGGAGCGCUCGCACGAGGGCCACGUCACGGAGAUCAUCUACAAGGGCACCCACAACCACCCCAAGCCGGCGGCGAGCCGCCGCCCCCCCGUCCAUCCUCCGCCGCCGUCGCCGGCGACGACGACGACGACGCCGCUGCCGCCAGGCGACGCGCAGGCCGACCACGCGCCCGACGGCGGCGGCGGCAGUACCCCAGUUGGCGCCGGACAGGCGGGCGCGGAGUGGCACAACGGCGGCGUGGUUGGCGGCGAGGGGCUGGUGGACGCGACGUCGUCUCCCUCCGUCCCCGGCGAGCUCUGCGAGUCGACGGCGUCGAUGCAGGUCCAUGAAGGCGCGGCGGCGGCGCAGCUGGGGGAAUCCCCCGAGGGCGUCGACGUCACGUCUGCGGUGUCCGACGAGGUGGACAGGGAUGACAAGGCGACGCACGUGUUGCCCCUGGCCGCCGCCGCCGCCGACGGCGAGAGCGACGAGCUGGAGCGAAAGAGAAGGAAGCUGGACUCCUGCGCCACCAUGGACAUGAGCACGGCGUCGAGGGCGGUGCGCGAGCCGCGGGUGGUGAUCCAGACGACGAGCGAGGUGGACAUCCUCGACGACGGCUACCGCUGGCGCAAGUACGGGCAGAAGGUCGUCAAGGGGAACCCCAACCCAAGGAGCUACUACAAGUGCACGCACCCGGGGUGCCUGGUGCGGAAGCACGUGGAGCGCGCGUCGCACGACCUCAAGUCGGUGAUCACCACGUACGAGGGGAAGCACAACCACGAGGUCCCCGCGGCGAGGAACAGCGGCCACCCGGCGGGCUCGGCUUCGCCCGGCGGCGGCGCGGGGUCGUCGUCGCAGCCCCACGGCGUCGGCGUCGGCGGGCGCAGGCCGGAGGUGCCGUCGGUGCAGGAGAGCCUGAUGAGGCUCGGCGGCGGCUGCGGCGCGGCGCCGUUCCCGCCCCACUUCGGCCUGCACCUGCCGCCGCCGCCGCCGAGGGACCCGCUCGCGCCGAUGAGCAACUUCCCCUACUCGCUCGGCCACGCGCCGUCGCCGGCGCUGCGGGGCCUGCCGCCGCCCCCGCCCCCGCCGCCGUCGGCGUCGGCGCUGGCGGUGGCGGGGCUCGGCGGCGUGGUGGAGGGGCUCAAGUACCCGAUGCUGGCGCCGCCGUCGGUGCACUCGCUGCUGAGGCACCGCCAGGGCGGCGGCAUGGAGGCGGUGGUGGUCCCCAAGGCGGAGGUGAAGCAGGAGGCGAUGCGGCCCGCCGCCGCCGUCGCCGGCGCGGGGCGCGGCGCGGCGGUGUAUCAGCAGGCGAUGAGCAGGGUGUCGCUGGGGAAUCAACUGUAGAUAAAUAAUAAAAAAAGAAGAGCAGUUUUAGGAGCUUUUAUAUUCAUAUGCUUAGGUUAAUUAAUUAAUUAAUUAAUGUUACCAUGAUAAGUAUAACGAUCAGUUCUUGUUCUUAGUGUUUGAUUUUUGCAAUUAGUGCUGCUCUUAGACUAUGCUUAAAUUAGCUUCAGCCUUUUCUCUUUUUUUUUUCUUUUUUUACUUUCUUUCUUCAACAACUGCAUCUGAUCGCCUGGUGCUUUUCAGAUGAGCACUUGAGUUUAUGCAAUACUACUAGUCAGCUAGCUUUGGUUAGACUGUGAUAUUU